AUGGACGGUUUUCCGGAUCAUGAACAGCCCGUCUCUGAGGACCAGAUCGUGCAUGUCGAACAAAUUAUGGAUGGUUGUCCGGACCAUCAACAGCCCGUCUCUGAAGACCAGAUUGUGGAAAUGGAUAUCAGCCACAACAGGCUUCUCUACACAGUAGACAAGCCCCCUUCACCUCUGUUCUGGCCCAUCUAUGGAAUUCAGCAAGCGCUGCUUGGAAUAACAGGAGCUUUAUCAGCUGCCGUGUUGAUAACCAAUCGAAUUGGUGCUGAUGAACUACCGGAAGUGAGAGUCACUGCAGGAACAUGUGGAAGGAAACGGACAUCUCCUUGGAAGAUACGGAUGAGAGAGAUCCAGGGCAACCUGAUGUUGGCAUCUGGAACUCAGUUUCUUCUUGGCAUCUCGGGAAUCCUUGGAUUCAUAAUGAAGUUCAUCGGGCCGCUGACAGUAGCGCCAUGUGUGACAACCUUGGGGAUGACGCUCUGUGGGUACAUGAUACCACUGUGCGAACAGCACUGGGGCAUCGCCAGCAUGUCAAUACUUCUCAUCCUACUGUUUUCGCUGUUUCUCGUCAAAGUGAAACUUCCGUUUCCAGCGUGUAAUGGAGAGAAGAAGUGCCACGUUAUUCGGUACCCUUUGUUUCAGCUCAAUGCCAUGCUUUUAGCAAUGGCUGCAUCAUUCCUCGUAUGUCACGUGCUGACUGUGACAGACACGUUACCUAGCAACUCCACCAUGUAUGGCCACAUGGCUAGAACAGAUGUCAGACUGAGUGCCCUCCACGACGCAGGAUGGUUUUACAUUCCUUUACCAUUUAAAUAUGGACCACCAACUAUCAGUGGAUCGGGUUAUGUGUCCAUGCUAACUAUCACCAUGACAGUUGUGAUUCAACUUCCUGGCGUCUAUCAAGCAGUUGCUCUUGGAACAGAAGUUCCUUCCCCACCCUCUCACGCCAUCAACAGAGGUUUGGCAGUGGACGGGUUGUCUGGUGCUGUGGGCGGUAUGCUAGGGGGAGUGUGUGCUAGUGUUGUGUACGUCCAAAGCCUUGGAGUUAUCGCCGUCACAAAGGUGGCCAGCCGAGCUGUGUUCGUGACGGCUGCCUUCCUCGCCAUCCUGAUGGGCGUUAUUGGCAAGUUCGGAGCGGUCUUUUCUCUUAUUCCCGACCCUGUGAUUGGUGGAUUUGGUUUGGUGACAAUGAGCAUGGUAAUUGCUGUGGGCGUGUCCAUGUUCCGAUUGGUGAAUCUCUCAUCCUCCCGGAAUCUGAUGAUCAUAGGCUUCUCCUUGGCUCUGGGCCUGCUGCUGCCGGACUGGGUGGCCAAGAACGACAACUCCAUCAAUACAGGAAGUAAGGAAUUUGACCAAGUCAUCGUCAUUCUGCUGUCCACCCCUAUGUUUGUGUCCAGUUUUGUUGGCUGCGCCCUUGAUAAUCUAGCUCCAGGUACACCAGAAGAACGAGGCCUCUCAAGAAAGCAAGACAAGUCAUCAAGUCAAGAUGUAUGUACAGAUGACCCCUACAAGCUGCCAUACAUUUCAUCGCUCCUCAGCAGAGUCCGCUGUUGUGUUUUCCUCCCGAUAUCGCCCGCAUAUGACCCUGACAUCUCGUGUAGACAAUGUCAGAGGAGGAAACGGAAUCCCUCCCAGUUUGCAGCUGACAACCCCGUGGUGUUGACUGGCUUGGAUACGGGUACCGAGGACCGAGUGUUAUAG